AUGAUUGUCUUUCAAGCUAGGGAGAGGCUGAAGGCUGCACUUUCGCACCACCCGGGGGCCAUCGCCAAUGGCAACAUGAACUCCAUGGGUCACAUGAUGGAGAUGAUGUCGUCACGUCAGGAGCAAGGGGUCCACCACCCCAUGCACUCGCACCCCCACCAGCACAUGCAGGCGCCUCCCCAUGCCUACCAACAACAUGGCCACCACCACCACAGCCAUGCCCACGGGCAGGGCGUACACCAUCAGCCCCAGGGUCACAACCCCCAUCACAGCUCCCACAACCACCAACUCCACCCCGGCCCCCCGCACCAGACCUCACCGCAUGGUGCCAUGCACUCCUCACAGAUGUCCCCUGCCGCCCAGCAGAUGCAGCCCACCCAGACCAUGCAGUCCCCGGCCUCGAGCGGCGGGCGGCGCCGGCGGGUGGUGGACGAGGACCCAGAUGAACGCAGGCGGAAGUUCCUGGAGCGGAACCGGGCGGCGGCCACCAGGUGCCGGCAGAAGAGGAAAGUGUGGGUGAUAUCGCUGGAGAAGAAGGCAGAGGAGCUGACGCAGACCAACAUGCAGCUCCAGAAUGAAGUCACCAUGCUAAAGAGUGAGGUGACACAACUCAAGCAGCUUCUCCUCACCCACAAAGACUGUCCCAUCACCAGCCUGCAGAAGGACUCCCAAGGCUAUCUCAGUCCGGAGAGCAGUCCUGCCAGCAGCCCGGCCCCAGUGUGUUCCCAGCAGCAGGUCAUCCAGCACAACACCAUCACCACCUCCACCACGACAGUCGGGGGCAGCGGUGUACACGGAGAGGCUAACCACCGCAGAGACAUUCACCCCAUCCACUAGAGGCCAAGGAGACUAGCAGAAGCCUAUACCCCCAACCCAGAUCUGCAAGGCCCGCCUCUCAGUACAGUUGCACAGUGCCUCAUCCUCCAUCAGCAACACUUCCUCAAGCCUGCAAGGAACUUGUUUAUACAGUAGCUAUAUAUUUUUAUAGAGCCCUCCCUAUUAACAAACGUUUUAACUCCUCAAUUAAUCCCUUUUUAUUUUCCUUUGUCUUUUCCAUGUAUUUGUUGUGUGUGGCCGUCCUUUUCCAUAUUGUAUUUGUACAAGCGUAAAGGGGUUGUCCCGGUUAAAACCAUGCAUCAUUAAUGUAACCUUUGCGUGUAUGUGUGUGUGUGUGUGUGUGUGUGUGUUGUACACAUACUCUGGUACAAGCUGUGAGGUUGUAGUCAUUGGACUAUAUGAAAUCAGGGAAGUUAGCCUGGGAGAGUAUUUCUCUGUCACCUGCCCCUUCCCUAUUUUUCUCACUUUUUUUGUUUUAUACAACCGAUGUGAACAAUAAGCCAGUUACUGAGGUGGAGAGAUGGGUCAGAACAUGUGUGUGUGUGCCCUUAGCAACAGUAUAUAGACUGUGUUUGACGAGUCUCUGAUAACGUGCUCAGUGUGUGAUCGUACACGUGAUGUUCCUGCCUUUUUAGGAGAAAGAAAUUUUACUCAAACUGUUGCCAUAAUGUUUCUAAGACUAGUUAUAUAUAUAUAUAUAUAUAUAUAUAUAUAUAUCAAUAAUAUCUAUAUAUUUAACCCAUGGUGGUGUUGAGUGUUAUGGAAAACACAUCAUAUUUUGAAAAACAGUAUAUGGUCACAAGAGCAGAGCAAUACGUACCAGUAUUGAUAUGUGAUAUCGUAUGUGAUGAUAAUGAUUAUGAGUGAGUGUUUGAGUGCUUAUGUGUGUAGGUGUGUGCGUGCGAGUGUGUGCAUGCGUGUGUGCCCCUUAAGACUAGCGUGGUCUAUCCAAUCAGGGCUGAGAGGACCCACAGUCAGCUAGAACAUAACUUUGAUACCAGUUGGAAGCUCAGGGGUUAGGACAGCCCCCCCCCUCCUUAGGACCAAGAGAAGGUUUAAUGGACAAAUCCUGUUUCCUUCAUUAAAGGAUCACAUGCAUUUGCCUUCAAUUGCAGAUAAAAAUAAAAUGCAUUUUAAAGUUCCAGUAUGUAACAUUCCCGUGUGCUUGUGCUUGUACUCUCUUGUCUACAUAAUAGGCUUUGGUGGGGAUGGAAGACGAAAUUCACAAUUGUAAAGAGUGUGAGUGUGAUUAGAUGUGUUGCCCGUGUUUUACUGUCUUUGAAGAGGUGCACUUCCUAGCUAUACUUUCCAAAAUGUCACAAGUUGCCUAAAAUCUGUUUUAGAAAUUAUUUGUUUGCUUGCUAAAGGCAAGAAAAAAUAUUUUUUUCCUUUAAGAUUACCUCACUUAUGUCUCAAAUUUCUAAUUCAUUUGAUAUUUAUUUUCACAAUGUCUUGUGAUCAACAAUGUUUAGCAAUUGUUGACCUUGUCAGGGAAGUUCACUGCAUUUGAAUUAAAGUUAGGAAAGAAAAGUAGACACCCAUUUCACAUUGAAUUCUUUCUUUAUAUAGUCCUCCCAUCUCAUCAUGUUGGUUAUAGUAGUGUAGUUCUAAUAUCCCCUUGCCUUUGGGCCAUGAGAUGGCGAACCAGCCUGCCGGCCAGCAGGAGCUUAGGGGUGCAGAAAUGCUCUUGCUGAUUUCACCGAGAUCAGAGAGCUGUCUAUGCACUUUGUCUUCUGCCAAGCCAGAGGUUAGAAUAGCCAUACGGUCUGAGUAGUUUGCAUGUGAUCUCCUCCCCCCAUCCCCAGCCAGGAUUUCACACACCCAUGACAUGUGUGUGGCAUGGACGAUACAUACAAGGAUGUCAAGUAGAGGCAGCGUUAUUACCUAAUUCGGAGCCUUUCACUUCAGAGUUAGAUCAGCCUGCCCUUCAACUUUGAACUCAGCAUCCAUCAGUCAAAACGGGCCAGCCGCGCGCCGGAUAACCCCCCCCCCCCCCCCCCACAUCUCUGUCGUCCAGUAUAAAGGAAAGCUUUUAUGCGAACUGGACUGUAGUAAAGUAUGUAUAUUAACCGGUGAACUCAAUUAUAUUCUCUUUAAAAUGUAACAUAGCUUUUUUGUAGCAAUCUUAUUAUGCACUAAAAAAAAAGCUUGCCUUAUCUUGAGUUUAACUUAGAUCCUUACAGCAUUCCAAACUAACCUCUUGCAUUGGAAAUUGUGGCAAUGAACUCUGAGAUGCCUAAAAACUGGAAUCAUAGGAAGACCAUUUUGAGAUUCAGACUAAUCGUUUUUGAUGUAGUUGCAUCGAUGGCUUUCGACCAAGGUUUGUGUGUAAAUGAUGAAAGGGAGAUAUGGGGAGACGAAGAGUUAAGUAUGAAGAGUGUAAGCGUGAAUGUUAUUACAUAUGUCAUGCAAGAAUAAUUCAUACAGUGUCAUAUAAAUGUAUAAUUUUUUAAAUCUAAACCCUAUACAUAUUGUAUAGAAUGUGAUUCAUUUAUUUUAUCUUGUACAUGUAAGGUAACCUUUCUUUUUUACGAAAAUUGAGAAAAUGCGUGCUACGUUUUUUGUAAAUAAUGUUUGCAUAGCACUUGUUAUCUACGUUGAGAAGUUCAUUUCAGCUCCUAAAUAUAUUGUGUGAUGAAUUUAUAAAUCCUUUCUUGCCUAUAUAACUUUGUACAGUACAUUUCCUCUUGUUUUUUUUAACUGUACAGAUGUUAUGCGUCUUAGUAGCUACAUUAUGAUAUGGAAAUAAAGCACUUGUUCUGGAACAGACAUCUCCUUCAAUAGAAGAGGAUGGCAGGGCAAACCACACCUUUUCUUUUCAAUAGAGCAACUACAUGUGUGUUAUACAGUUUAAAAAGCACAGUUUUUGCUCCAGGUUACAUGGAUGUUUUUGCCAAAAUGUACAAACAAUUACCAGUGGUAUUCAAUUUACAGAAUCAAUUCAACCUGCAAUAUGCCACCAUUUUUUUUUAUGUAGUCAUAAUUUUUGUUCAACAUAAAAUACAUGCAAUUUUAAUGUAGAGUAUAAAUCCCUUACACCCAAAACAAUAGACCCAGGGGAGAGUCAUUGUCUAAAUGCACUGUGCAAACUAGGAUUCCCAGGUCAGAUAGUCCUGGUCUAAAUGCACUUAUGAAACAAAGAAAAUUGCUGACCUAGAAUCCAGAAAUGUACAAACUGAAGAACAUUAAUUAUCAGUGCAUCAUUGUGGAGCAAUUAUAUUCUUAAUAAAUGGGAAAUGUUCCACCUUUUAGAAUAAGCGUUUUAAAAAAUAAUGUGCCUGCACAGCCUUGCAAAAAUAAGAUCAAUCAACAUGUCAAUUAACUGUCCGUAGUCAGGCGGCACGGAGUGGAGGCCUUUCAGCAUCAACAGCCUCAGUGCCAACCAUUGGUGGACAAAAACCUGUCAAUCAUAUCAAAGGAUCUUUCUGGUUGGUCAUAAGGCAGAAUGUGUCCUCCCCCACGAAUGAUCACCUGUGUGGCAAAAUAAGCAACGUUUUUUAAUUGGCAGAUUCAGAAAUGUAACUAGCACAAA